AUGGCGGCGCUGGUGCUGCUGCGGGCGGGGCUGGCACGGCCCCGCGGCGCCCCGAUGGCUCUCCUCGGGAGGACCCUUCGCCACCGCCCCGCGGCCUUGGCCGCCGUCGCCGACCGGAGCGCUCCGGCCCGGCAGCGCCACAGCCCCCCGCAGCAGGGCCACGGCAGUUCCAAGGCUGCGUCUUUGCACUGGACAGGUGAGCGAGCUGUCAGUGUCCUUUUGCUGGGUCUCCUUCCUGCAGCCUACCUGUAUCCUGGACCAGCCAUGGACUAUUCACUGGCUGCAGCCCUCACUCUCCAUGGCCACUGGGGUCUUGGACAGGUUAUAACUGACUACGUCCAUGGAGAUACACCCAUUAAACUGGCCAAUACUGGUCUGUACGUACUGUCGGCCGUUACCUUCGCUGGCCUCUGCUACUUUAACUAUUAUGAUGUUGGUAUCUGCAAGGCUGUUGCCAUGCUGUGGAGCCUCUAAGAUGCGACUGAGUCCCUGACAAACACGAUUGUUCACUGCUGCCUCUGCUUCAUCAUAUUUUUACCAACAUGUUUAAUGCAAAAGAAAUUAAUAACCAAGGGUCCAUAGUAUGUACAUACUGCAGCAAGUUCAGAGCUAGUCUUUUAGAAAUAAAUAUCCAUCAUUUUUUGAUGUAUUGCAACAGCAGUAAAAAUGUUAGAAAAGUAGAUUUAAAGUGGAUAAUGUCCGGGUGAGUUGAUUUAAGCUGCACUGUAAAUUGGGCGGAAUUGAUUACAUCAGUGACAGACUUACAUAGCUGAAGGUAACUUUCCUUGUAAUGGCAGCUUUAAUGAGUGUUUUUCUAAACUAACUGUUGUUUGGUUUCCCAUUUUGUAAAACAAACUUCACUUGCAGAAAAUUGAACUGUUAUUUCUGACAUCGCAACAACUGAACUGUAUGUAAGGCAUACCCUGUAACUCUUUGGACCCUGAGAGCUGAUGUAGAAAAGGGAAUACUUUUUUCUUAAUCCAUGCAAUAAAGAAUUUACAGAAAUUG